ACAUGGCGCACUGACAAGCGGCGGUCCUCUGUGUAUGUGUGUGUUGUCGUCGUGAGAAAAAUACGUGGUGCGCCCCAAGUAAAAAAAACCUGUUUUUGCGACGACUUUUCGUCCGCCCGGGCGUCUCAGAAUGUAACGCCGUGCAACCUCCAUCGGCGUCGACUCCGUUUUUAUUUUGCGUGUGUUCCCGUGGUCCAGGCGCGCGUCCAUGUUUCUUCCCAGCGCGGCCUUCUCGAUCGCGAGUGCGUGUCCCGGACAAUGAUGACGGAGACCGACCACGGUGGUAGUUUUUAUGAUGGCUUCCGGAACGGCCGUUGACGGGUGUCAAAUAUGAAUACGGGCAUCGGGUCCUGCGACACCGCUUACGAUUUCGAGUCCGAAGAAAACUCGGCCAAAUGGAAGGGUCUGCUUACGUCCGCUCUCAAAAAAGUGUUGGAGCAAGUGCACCCCUCUCUGGGGGCACGAGACGAAGCCUUAGAAUAUGUGGAGCACUUGUGUCUCCGUCUGCUGGCUAUGCUCUGCGCAAAACCCAGCCCCCACACAGUUCAGGAUGUCGAAUCUAGGGUUCAAAACACAUUUCCCACCCCCAUCGACCGGUGGGCCCUCAAAGAAGCGCAGGAGGCGCUAGAACGCGGCAAGAAGAAAUCAGUUCUACUGCUGCCCGUCGAUAAAAUCCAUUAUUUGUUACAAAAGGAAUUGUUAUCGUACAAAGUCGACUCCACGGUAUCAUUGUUUCUUGUCGCGGUGCUGGAGUAUAUAUCGGCGGACAUAUUGAAAUUGGUCGGCAAUUACGCGAAAAAUAUAAAACACGUCGAGAUUACUUACCAGGAUGUGCAGAUUUCUAUGAAAGUUGACAAGGCGUUAAUGGAUAUGUUCUACCAAGACGAAGGAGGGGGCGGCACGUUAAGCGAUCGUAUGACGGAAAUGCUGGUGUCCGCUGCUCCGCCUCGCACUAGCUUGACCUACGAGGAGACUGUGCGCGAACUGAUUGCCUCGGAAAAGGCCUACUUGAAGGAACUGCACAUGAUCAUCAAAGUGUUUCGGGAAGAGAUAAAGAAACUGACUUCCGAUCCGCGAGAAAUUGAACUGAUAUUUUCGAACAUAAUGGACAUCUACGAGCUGACGUACACAUUGUCAGGCAGUCUCGAGGACGUUAUGGAGAUGGCACAGGAACAAAUGCCGUACAUCGGGAGUUGUUUUGAAGAGCUGGCCGAGGCCGCAGAGUUCGACGUCUACGUCAAGUACGCGCGUGAAGUGACGGCACCCACAUGUAGGGAAACGCUGAACAAUCUUCUAGCGAGGCCCGAGAUGCAGGGCGCACUCCACACUGCCGGCCAAGGUAUGCCGCUGGCAUUAAAGUAUUACUUGCCCGCCCUCCUCGUCGGUCCGAUUUGGCAUUUUUUCUCCUACAUGGAAUACAUCCGGCUACUGAUCGGGCUGAGCCCCGCCCUCGAAGACAAAGAGACGUUGACGCAGGUGGAGGGGCUGCUAAAGCCUUUACAGAUCGAGUUGAAUCGCUGCGUGCCGAGUCAGUCGAUACCGCGGAGCUGCGCAACGCUAAACCAGGUAAAGACUAGACGGUCGACUGCCAUCGUAAAAAUUCAAGAGCUGGAGAGGAUCGUCGAGAACUGGGACUCCAAGGACCUGGGUCAGUGUUGCAACGAAUUUAUCAGAGAAGACGUCCUGACGAAAGUCAGCCAGAAACGGUUAACCGAGAGACGAGUGUUUCUUUUCGACGGUCUGAUGAUACUGUGCAAGCCCAUCACGUCGUCUCGUAGGCAAAGCUCAAUACACCACCAGACCCACCCGGAGUGCCGUCUGAAAGAGCGGUUCUUCAUGAGAAAGGUGGAAAUCAAAGAUCACGAAGACACUGAAGAGAUGAAGCACGCAUUCGAGAUACUGCCGAGACAGAUGCCGAGCGUCGUGCUGUGUGCCAAAAGCGUCGAGGAGAAGAACUCGUGGAUGGCCGAUCUAGUCAUGUUAAAUAACAGGUCCAUGUUGGAGCGCGUGCUCGAUAGCAUACUAUCUCGCAUCGAGCAGCAACACCCCCUCAAACUACCCCCACCCGAGUUGUACAAAUUCGCCGAACCCGACUCCUCAGACAACAUCGUCUUGGAACAGAGGGAAAACGGCGGCGUACCACUUAUAAAGGGAGCGACGCUGUACAAGCUGGUCGAACGCUUGACCUACCACAUCUACGCCGACCCGAAAUUCGUGCGAACGUUUCUAACCACCUACCGUAGUUUUUGUUCGCCUACCGAAUUAUUGGAAUUGCUCAUAGAGAGAUUUCAUAUUCCGGACGCCUCGCUGGUGUAUGAACAAGACCCAGGGGACACUGACAAAAUACAGAAAAGUAGUCAGCGGGAGGACUGGAAGAAGUACCGGAAGGAGUAUGUGCAGCCAGUGCAGUUCAGGGUGUUGAACGUGUUGCGGCACUGGGUGGACCAGCAUUUCUACGAUUUCGAACGUGACCCCGCCCUGCUCAAGAAACUUCAGUCGUUCCUUGACUCGAUCAACGGCAAGAGCAUGCGCAAGUGGGUGAACAGCGUGAUCAAGAUCGUGCAGCGAAAAUUGUCGCCACAGCUCGAGACCGACAACCAGAGGCACAAGAACUUCGCGUUCGGUGAACGACCUCCACCCGUCGAAUGGCAUAUCCACUGCAACGAAGAAGAAUACGGAGUGUUGACGCUACAUCCUUUGGAGGUCGCGCGUCAAUUGACCGUCAUCGAGUUCGACCUCUAUAGGAUGAUCAAACCGUCCGAGUUGGUAGGCUCCGUGUGGAUGAAAAAGGAAAAAGAGAAAACCAGCCCGAAUCUGUUGAAAAUGAUCAAGCACACGACGAACUUCACGAGGUGGCUCGAGAAGAACAUUGUGGAGGCGGAGAAUUUCGAAGAACGCGUCGCCAUAGUGAACCGUAUCUGCGAAAUAAUGAUCGCACUGAAUGAAAUGAACAACUUCAACGGGGUGCUGGCGAUCAGUUCGGCCGCUCAGUCCGCGGCAGUUCACCGGCUCAAGUUCACGUUCCAGGCGAUCUCGCAACAAUAUCGGAAAAUCUUCGACCGCGCCGACGAUCACCUGAAAAAGUACCAGGAGAAACUGCGUUCGAUAAACCCGCCGUGCGUUCCGUUCCUCGGCAUGUACAUGACCAAUAUUUUGCACAUUGAAGAGGGCAACCCCGAUUUCUUGCCCAACACGCAGCUGAUCAACUUUUUCAAGCGACGAAAAGUCGCCGAGAUCACUGGCGAAAUACAACAGUACCAGAACCAGCCCUACUGUUUCAAGGUCGAGCCCCAGAUCAGGAAUUUCCUCGAGCACCUUAGCCCGUUCGGCGACCUAACAGACACGGACAUCUCCAACUACCUAUACCAGAAGUCGAUGGAGAUCGAACCGCGUGGUUGCCGCCAAUUGCCGAAAUUCCCCAGACGAUGGCCGAACCUGACGUUGAAAAGUCCGGGAAUAAAGCCGAAACGGAGCGCGACCAGCGUCGUCGCGAACGCCGUGAACACGAUGAGCUCGACGAUCAAAAGCGACGACAGCAAAAGCGAAGACUCGUCGUCAAAGAGCGAUAACGAUUUCAGCGUGUUCGCUCCAGUCCAGCUUGGCACCGGUCAGAACAGUCCCACGCUCAGCCCCAAUUCGCCAGCGGCACCCUCGAACUCCAUCAUAAACUGGUUCAACCACACGCGGAGCCCCAGCGUCAGUUCCGUCAUUUCGACAGCGUCAUACCGACCCUCUCGAUCGGACAAUGUUGCCGCUUCUCAACACCCUCCCCAGCGGUACACACACUCUAGUCAAAGCUCGACGGGGGCACCGGGUAGUCCCGGACCCCACAGCCCGGCCUCUCCCGGUCCGCACUUCCCCCCGGAGCCAAUAAGCCCGCGACUCCCUCCGACGCCGCCGCCGCCUCCACCGCCGCUGCCCCCGCGAAAACGGAGGGACAGUCCCGAGAUCAGCAGUCCCCAACAGGUUAAACAGGCGCCGGAUGCUCCUAUGCUACCGCCGCGGGACAACACGAGCCCUCCGCCACUACCCCCGCGUCGCGAGCCCGCUCCCUCGCCCGGAUCCAGCGUCCAUCACCAUCUCGGCUUCCACUCAAACACUCUGCCGCACCCGGGAGCGUCGCACCACCACUACAUCGCGCCCGCCCCUAGGUUGAACCCCACCCACACGUCGCAGCUGCACAUGAGGCGCCACGCUGCCCUCCAUCCGCACCAUUCGGUGAGGACGAGCGGCGACGAACGCCGAGAGUCUCAGAACGGCGGGACGGGUGUCCAUCUGGUCGGUUCCCCGGCGAAGCCGCCGACAAUAUCACCGCGUUACGGGAGCAGCAGCGAGUCGAACUCGGGCCAGAUAACGCCUCAGUUGCCGCCACGGCCGGCGGUUAGGUCGGCCGGCCUCACUUACGGUACCAAGUUCCAUUAUCCCGACACCACCACCACAUAGAAUUAAAAAUACGCGCCUGCGCGGGAGGGCGGAGCCGUGACGCGCAAACAUAGUAAACCACUGUUAUUAGACCGAGGGUGAGAGGGUGGGGGAGUAGUAGUUCGAAUGAACCGAGAGGCGAAUUUUUUGUAUUAGGAAUAUUUCUAAAAGAACACAUGGGGAAUUGUUUGAUGUUUUUUAAACUGGCCAUUUUUUUUAUACAAAAGUAAUGGAAAAUAAGCGUUUUCAAGCAGAUGGUGCGGUGCAAUGUUCCAAGGCGGAUGAAAAAGAAAAGGUAUUUUAGAAAAGGAAGAUUCUAGAUUUCAUGAAAAAUAUUUCCAGUAAUUUAAGUCUUCAAAACAAAAAAUGACAAAGAGAAAAACGCGAGUUUUGGCUAAUUGUAAUUGCGAAAAAAGUUUUAUGCCAAUCAAUUUAUGCCACACACAAAAAUCCUUCCUAUGGCGGUCUAAAAUCAGUAAUUUAUUCGUUGUUAUUAAUUAAACACAUAAAAAUCGUAACUAUUCCGAAAUUCGUGUCAAUUAGUUUAUCGUACGCCGAAAAUUCGCUCCUCGCGGUAACCAUUGCGGGUGAAAUCCAGAAAAUAAAAGAUUUCAUUAGGAUAACAGUUACAAGUUACUAACCAUAGGUGGCGCAAUCGAAAGACAUUCGUUACUCUUAUUGGGUAGAAAAUUUCGAAGGUAGUACGUUUGCUGAUCUAUUAUAAGUCUUUCAAAAACAUUUUUGUUUCUGUUUUCGGUUAAGGCCCCAAGUAGCGCCUCGCUGGCUUUCAUUUUAUUUCGGGUCAGCUUUUCCAAAAAGAAAUAUACGCAAAAAUUCGGUAUUACUGUCUUUUUCCAAUCUUUCUGUGUAAUCCGUACGUGUGUGUAUAUUUAUGUAACAAACAAAAAAAUGCAAGAAAAAAAUUGUGUGACACAUUGAUUCUAAAUGUUUUUAUUCUAAAUACUGUCGAAUGCGAAGCGUAUAAAAAAAUAUGUACAUAGAAUAGAACAAGUGAUUGGGUCGUAAUAUUUUCUUAUCUAAGUGUUUAAAAAAAAAAACUACUAAAUGUCCAAAAACACGGAAAUCGAUCGAAUUUUUCCUCAAAAAAAAAAAAGAACAUGAUUUACGAACGAGAGGACAGGCCUAAACGAUCAUUUCCUGAAGAGCAAACAAAAGAGCGAGUGCCUAAAACCCGCAGAGCAAAAAAAAGUCCCGAACGCUAAAAACACCCUGUAUAUAGUGUACCAUACUGUAUAUGUAAUAAUAGUUGCCAAAACGAGAUGAAAUUGUGUAAUUAAAAAGUGUUUCUGUUGUUGAAAAAAAGAACUUCUAAUAACCGUUAAGGAAGUAGGGUUAGGUCGUUUGGAGCGCCCCAUUCGAUCGUUAACAAAAAAAAAACAAACGAAGGAAUUGUUACAUGAAAAAAUCUAAAAUAUAUUUCCUUUUUUUUUUAUUUUUCGAAAGGGGUCCGACGAUUCCCCCCUUGGGGGCGAACCGAUGGCUCCCCGCUGGGAGUUUGAGUUUUUACGGUCCCAGGGGAUCCGUCGCACCUCGCGCGUUUCAAAUUAAUGAUUUUUUAAUCUGUGAUAGUAGCAAAAGGACCACAAAAUAAUGUUUGUAAAAAGAAUUAAAAGAGUAUAUUAUAUGAACUAGUUAAGAACCUACAAUAAAUGUAUCGAUGUA